AUGAGUGUACCAGAAGAUAACACAAAACAAAUGAAAUUACUUUUAAUUGGAGAAACAGGAAAUGGGAAAAGUUCAGUUGGUAAUUUCAUUUUAAAGAAGAAUGUUUUUGAAGUUAGUGAUAGUCCAAAUCCAGAAACAAGAGAAGUUGUUGGAGAAAAUGGAGAAGGAGAAAGAAGUGAUUUAUUUGUUAUUGACACACCAAGUCUUCAAGAAUCAAAAGAAUUUAAUGAAAAAUUUUUGAAUGAUAUAGUUGAUAUUGUUAAAGAAGAAGGAAUAAAUGGAAUUGUUAUUGUUCUAAACUAUAACACAAAUAUAAUUUCCAAUAACAUUAAAACAAUGAUUCAAAUAAUGUCUAAAAUCUUUUCAUCACAUGACUUUUUGAAACAUGUUUGUAUUGUAUGGAAUAAGUGUUAUUAUUAUAUAUCAGAUAGGCAAUUAACAAACCAAAAAGAAAUUAAAAGAAAUGAAUUUAUUCCAGAAUUACUGAGACGUACUGAAAUACUUACAGGAGCAGAAGAAACUAUUGACAUUCCAAUGUAUUAUGUAGAUUCAGAACCAGAUGAAAGAUGUGAUAAUAUCAGAUCAGAAAAUGAAAUAGAAAGAUUAAUUG